GAGCUGUAGUAGUGACGAUGAACCGUCGUCUCAUCGCCAGCGCUGACACAACCCGGGAGGUGGGCAGCCCGCCGCCGUCCAUUCAGCUCUCGAUGUGAAGCCACAGAUGGGAACAGAGAGACACACGGGUGACAGCAGUUUGACCAAAUGUCAGGCAGGUAAAAAAAAAAAAAAGCAAACUGCGUGAGUGAAGCCGCCGAGAUGAGCGACAGAGCCGAGAUGAGAGGGCCCUUAACCCGCCGGAGGAGGACGACCAUCUCCGGCGGUGGCAGCGGAGCGGUCGGCGUCAAGCAAGCCAACGGGAACAAGUCGCACGACGCCGGGGAGAAACCGCCACAGUGUCCCGGUAAAGCCAAAGCAGACGAGGUGUCCAGGCAUGCGAGUGGCAACAACGCGAAGGUGGGCAGACAGACGGGGGAGUCGGGGCAGCUCGCAGACAGCCCGAGGAAACAGAAGAGUGCGGUGGAAGACAUCAACGAGCGGCUCAGCUGUCACGUCCUCCAGGAGUCUCUCUUGAGCUCAGCCAGCGGUUACAGCAACUAUAGAGGAAUCCUCAACUGGUGUGUUGUCAUGCUGGUGCUGAGUAAUGCACGCCUCUUCUUGGAGAACAUUAUAAAGUAUGGUAUCUUGGUGGACCCCAUCCAAGUAGUGUCUCUCUUCUUGAAGGACCCCUAUAGCUGGCCAUCCGCUUGCCUCAUCAUUGCAUCUAAUGUGUUCAUCUUAGCAGCCUUGUACACAGAGAGGCGUCUGGCUGUGGGUACCAUUUCCAAAAUGACAGGACUGAUUCUUCACAUUUUUAACCUGACAUCCCUGUUGAUCUUUCCUUCAGCCACUGUGCUCACUUUGACCUCCAUGACCCCAGUGGGUGGUGUGCUCUCCCUAGGAGUCUACACAGUGCUGUUUCUCAAGCUGUAUUCCUACCAAGACACCAACAGGUGGUGUAGAGAAAUCAGACAGGCAAAAGCCAAGAAACUAACACGAUCAUACUCAUGCCCCUCUGUGGCACAAUCCAACGGGUCAGCAGUUCAUACUUAUGUCUCCUACCCAGGCAACCUCACCCACAGAGACAUGUACUACUUCGUCUUUGCCCCAACUCUCUGCUACCAGCUCAACUUCCCGCGAUCGCCUCGAAUACGCAAAAGGUUCCUGAUAAGAAGACUUUUUGAGAUGCUUUUCUUCAUGCAGCUGUUGGUGGGAUUGAUACAGCAGUGGAUGGUUCCCACCAUACAAAACUCAAUGAAACCAUUCCAGGAAAUGGACUUCUCUAGGAUGGUGGAGCGCCUCCUAAAAUUAGCUGUCCCUAACCAUCUGAUAUGGUUAAUAUUCUUCUAUUGGUUUUUUCACUCUUCUAUGAAUUUUGUGGCAGAGCUGCUGCAGUUUGGAGACCGAGAGUUCUACAAAGACUGGUGGAACUCUGAAACUGUCACAUAUUUCUGGGCAAACUGGAAUAUCCCAGUUCACAAGUGGUGCCUGAGACAUUUCUAUAAGCCGAUGUUGAAGAAGGGGAUCAACAAGUUUCUGGCUCAAACCGCCGUUUUCCUUAUGUCUGCCUUCUUCCACGAGUACCUGGUGAGUGUCCCUCUGAAGAUGUUCAGACUGUGGGCCUUCAUGGGAAUGAUGGCUCAGGUUCCUCUGGCGUGGUUUGUGGGUCGUUUCCUGAAUGGAAACUAUGGCAACGCCGCUGUGUGGAUCUCACUCAUCAUUGGCCAGCCUGUCGCUGUGUUGAUGUAUGUCCAUGACUACUAUGUCAUUCAUUAUGGGGGAACUACAUAGUACUGUACGAACACACACAUGCUCACACUGUCACACACGUAAACAUGUGCAAGUCAUAUUGUACACACACACACACACACACACACAUUCACUCAGUGAGUGAAUGCAGAGCAAGUUAAGGUGACUAUAACAGGAAGCCCUGCUAAUAUGAACCUGUCAGUAAAAGCAGGAAAUUUGUUUUUGACCUCUUGAUUUUUGCACUAAAGAGAAAUAAACCAGUGUGUCAGGAACUAAUUCUAACAACCUGAGAAGUGCUUGGUUUAUUGCGAUAUUCCACUUUAGUAGGACAAACACACCUUUUGUUGUCAGCCUUCAGUAUCAGCAAACCUUGGAAUCCGCAGUCUCCGCCCGCUCUUAAUGUCUUUAUCUAAGCAUCGGACGUUUCAACUUUAAACAAAUGAUCCUGGACACAAAAUAAAAUAGAACUGGAAUAUCUGUUAUUGGAAUUGAUCCGUCCCUGAUAGAUUUAUGUGAAGCAGAGUUUGCUAAAACAAAAGUAAAUGUGUGGUGCUAAGGUUUCCUGGAGUGGCUGGUACUGCUGGUCGAUUCCUUAGGUACACGUACACUAGAGUGAAAACCCUUCUGUGUGACUUUUUAACAACAAUUUCUUGAACUUUAAAAAGCAGCCUUUCAAUGCAAUGGAAAGUGGAAACUUUACUGUUUGUAACCAGGCACUCCUCAAGUUGUGAGAAGUACGCACACCUUCCUGUGCAACAAAGCCAGGACAGGAUCCUGCCUCCAUAGAGCCAAUAUGAAAAUGUUGUUUCUAUCAAUCUUUUUACUUGUAUCCAAAGGCAACAGAGAAAUUAUGACACCAGAUAAACUGUUUGUUUCUACAAGCUAAGGCUCAAAACUUCCAAAUGCCAAUUUAGGAGUCUCCAAAUUGACAACAGUACCAGUUUUAUACAUGUAUUCUGUGUGUAUAUAUAUAUAUAUAUCAUAUAUGCCUCUCUUUUUGAUGCAAUGAAGUUCUUGAGUAUUACAGAAAUUUAUAAUAAACAGAUUUGUAACAAAACUGGUCAAACCCCCGGACACUGAACACAGAGGAGAAAUGGUUAAAGGACAUUUUUGUGACGUUAUUUGUAGUCGCUGACCUUCAGGCAGCCUCCCCUCUUCUGUUUCUCAACUACCAACAACAUCAAUAUGAGCUCUUAGUGUAACAGUACAAGCUAAAGGUGUGUUGUUUGCCUUGGCUUCAUUGUCCUUUUUUGUGUGUGUUGCAUUUGACUUAUCAGAUGGUUUAUUUUAUACUUUGUAUAAUUGUAUGUGUUUACGACUGUCUGCACUUACGCUGUGCCAUCUUGAAAUUAUAAUUUAUGUCGUAUUUUAUUUGAAAUCAAUGAUUUACUGCAGUAUUUGAUUUUGCCGAUUUGAACCAAUGAAUGUUUAUUUGCACUUUAAAGAGAUGCAUGCUGUUGACUUAAGCAAUAUAUUUCUAUGAAUGUAUUCUUUAAGUUAUCUUAAUCAUGUAAGGAAAAUAUUUUUGUUGUAUUUGUUGUCGUAUGAGGUUGGAUCAACUUCAGUUUGUUUCAGCUGCAGUGGUAAUAAGUGUUUAAGUAUUUAAAACCUAAAGACUUGAUUUGAACGUUAUAAGAACCUGACACAGUUUUCAGUAAGGAUAUUUCCCUAUAAUAGUUGAUAUGGAAAUAUGUUAUUUUACUUUUAUAUGUUUUAAUCUGUUUUCCAAUGAACAUGUUAAAUCGGAGCCUUUAACUCUAAGAUUAGUCUUUUUUCUUUCCCUAUUGAUCACAUUUCUAAAACACUAUUGUUAAAUCAUAACAGCAGUAAUCAAUCAUGUGUUGACAUUCCUUAUUGAAAUUUACAAGUGCCUGCAGGAAAAAUAAUUUUAUGCAGAAAAGACACAAGAUUCAACCAAAUACUAAUAAAAGACACAAAUGUCGUUCACUCUAUUCUAUGUGGCCAAUAGAUUAACAGUGCAUUUAUAUUUGUGGUGUCUUUAAAUAUUUGGGAACUUAAGACUAAUAUUCAAUGCAGUCAUUUUUGUUUUCUUAAACAAAAGAAAUGUUAUUUUGAGGGACAGCCUUAUGCAAGAGUCGUACAUAAAUCUUAUCACGUUAUCGGUAUUUCUGUGCACAAAUGGCAGCUUUAGUAACAGCCUGACUUUUAUCAACAAAUAUGAACCAGUUUAUAAGCUCUGAGUUCAUUAAAUUUGUUCAAUCACUUAUUUUUUAUUACAUUGGAAGAUUCUUUCUGAAGUAGCAGAUGUAGCAAACUGAGCUGCCGUUUGGAAGACUAAAAACAAUAAAAUGAAAUACAUCAGUCAGUGUCAGAAAAUGCUGGCAACAUUUAAUAGUAAAUAAACUCAGAAUAAUGAAACCCUGCAAACGAACUUAUAAAAUGUAUUAUUUUUCCCCAUUUGUAUAAGUACUGAAUUAAGUUCACUUUUAAUUUUUGUUUUGUUUUUAUGAGAAUUCUUGAAAAUGGAAAGUAUGAAGUGACCCCUGAGGUAGUGUCAACAUUACGUUGCGUGUCCCAGGUAAUAUUUUCGUUUUCACCUGAAGCCCAGAACUCCCUGCUUCCACGUCAUUACUGCACUGCUCUCGAGAUAUUAGUUGAAGAUGCAGCUUUAAGUUGAACCGUCUUUCAAGAGUUAAUUUUGUUUGUGGAUGAUUGUGUGACGCAACAUGUAGUAAAACGAAUGUAUUACUGAUCUGUUCAUACUGUAUACAGAAAUCCAAAGUGAAACAAAGAGUAUAUGUUUUGGAAUGCAAAUAAUUUUCAUAGCCUUUCACUUGAAAUUAUUUGUGUUGUUUGAUAAAGAUUAUAUAUAUUUGA